UGCCUUCCACCAUCCGAUUCCCAAAUCUUUUAUUAACCUGUCCCCUACAAGAUGGGGACAUUUUCUUAAGUAUAGAAGAGGAAGGGAGUUUUUUAAAAGAAAAAAGAAAAGAAAAGAAAAAGAAAGGAACCCAGACCAGUGACUAAAUGCACUUUAUUCAGGCUCUUGUUAGAAGUGUGUGUGUCCUCUCAGUUUUAAGGACAUGCCUUUUAGAAAAAAAGGGCAUUUUGUCUUCAGUCCAAACAGACCCAAACUUUUUUUCUCAUCACGUGCCUGGCUGGAGCCAGUGGGAGGCUUUGUAAUGCAAUCAGAUCUCUAGGGCCAGCCUCCUGACCCACCCAAAUAACAACAGGGUAAGCCGGCAACAGACACUUGAGCACUUUUAAAGGGAAGAGAUCCAGGCUUGACUUCUCACCAGGACCUUGGAGAAGCUUGGGAACAGCCCACCACAGAGCCAUCCUCAGACGCAUGCUUGUUCCUGGCUAUUAUGAGUAGCAGUGGCUGAAUGAGGGUGUGCCUCAGCUGCCCCACGCAGGAUUAUAGGAGUCCAUGGAAGAAUCUAGCCUGGAAAAAGAUGAAGGGAGAGGCUGGGAACGUCGGGAAGUCCAAGCAGCUCAAUGUGAGCACCCCACCCAGCAUACUGGAGGGACACAUUUGGGGCUCCAUGAGGAGGACAGCUUUCAUCCUGGGCUCUGGUCUUCUCUUGUUUGUGGCCUUCUGGAACUCAGUCACAUGGCAUCUUCAGCGAUUUUGGGGUGCUUCUGGAUACUUUUGGCAAGCCCAGUGGGAGAGACUGCUGUCGACCUUUGAAGGGAAAGAGUGGAUCCUCUUCAUUAUAGGUGCCACCCAAGUGCCUUGUCUGCUCUUCUGGGCUUUCAAUGGGCUUCUACUGGUGGUGGACACCACUGGAAGACCCAACUUCAUCUCCCGCUACCGAAUUCAGGUUGGCAAGAACGAACCGGUAGACCCCACGAAACUCCGCCAGGCUGUGCGCACAGUUCUUUUCAACCAGUUCGUGAUCACUCUCCCUAUGGCAGUCUUCUUCUUUCCCCUCCUCAAGUGGCGGGGAGACCCCUGCGGCCGAGAGCUGCCUACCUUCCACUUGUUUCUUCUGGAGCUGACCAUCUUCACCCUGAUUGAGGAAGUCUUGUUCUACUAUUCACACCGGCUCCUUCACCACCCAACAUUCUACAAGAGAAUUCACAAGAAACACCACGAGUGGACAGCCCCCAUUGGGGUGACCUCUCUCUAUGCCCACCCUGUAGAGCAUGUGGCCUCCAACAUGCUGCCAGUGAUCGCAGGCCCCUUUGUGAUGGGCUCCCAUUUGUCCUCCAUCACGGUGUGGUUUUCCUUGGCCCUCAUCAUCACCACCAUCUCCCACUGUGGCUACCACCUACCCUUCCUGCCUUCGCCUGAAUUCCAUGACUACCACCAUCUCAAGUUCAACCAAUGCUAUGGCGUAUUGGGGGUGCUGGACCACCUCCAUGGGACCGACACCAUGUUUAAGCAGACCAAGGCCUAUGAGAGGCACAUCCUGCUGCUGGGCUUCACCCCACUCUCGGAGAGCAUCCCCGACUCCCCAAAGAAGAUGGAGUGAAAGGGCCCUUGCCAGUCCUAUCCCAAGAGUGGGAUUCCAAGACACCAAGGCCUCAUGAUUGCACCUAACAACUUGCCUCCUUCAGCCACACACUCUAAUGAUGGCACCAUUAGGGCAGAGGAGAGGCUGGCUUCCUAGAAAAGCAGGGCCAAGGAUAGGGCCAGGGCUUCCCCCAAACUUCUGUCCUUGUCCCUUCAUGGGACCAGGAGUUAGCUUAAGAAAAAGGGGAAAAAAGUUUCCCCAGACUGGAGGCCAGUCAGAGGAGGAAACCACUUUAAGAGGGCUCUGGCCAGGCCCUCUGGUCCUCUGCUGUGGGAUGGAGGAAGGUCAUCCCCUUCCCACUGUCUUGUGGCCUAGGUAAGAUGCAGAGAAUGAUGGAGAGGGAAGUAGGACUAAGGCAAUUUGGGCCCCAGGGAGAGCUCUUUCUGGUGUCAAGGAGUGGGGGAAUCAGAUCUAUCACUUUGCUUCUUCCUACCCUUUUGGGCUUUUCCAUACCUUAGUCAGGCCAGGGCCAGUUGUCCCUGGCAAAUAGUUACAGGUCUGAUUUUCACAUGCCAUGUGCCAGUCCCCAUUCCACCCACUCCCAUCACACACACACACAGGUCCCAUUUCAACUCUGCCUCACUACACAUAAACACCCACAGGUGCUCCUCCCUGAUCAACUGAUAACAAGGAAGCACAGGCUACACCCAGAAGGAUCAGGGUCACAAUCCUUUGGGGAUACCUGAGGAGUCCAGAAAAAAAUGGCCAAAGGGCAAAACUCUUUUUCUCUUGAAAUGGUUAACCAGUUUUCUUAACAGGGAUUAUUUGACUGGGUUUUAGCAGAUACAUUUUUCAAAUGAAAUCUAACCAGGACCCUUUUUAUCUGAAACAAAGCCACAGGGCUAUCUGGGUUUGAAACAAUCACCUCCCUUACCUCCCCUUAGGAGCAACAUGCUCUUGAACCUUGUAGCUCCCCAAAAUUCAGACUACUCUUUGAUAAGGCCACCAUUACUACUAUUAUCAUUUACCCCCACCCUACUGGGGAUUGAACCCAGGGGUGCUCUACCACUAAGCUACAUCCCCAGCCCCUUUUAUUUUUCUAUUUUGAAAAUAGAAAAUAUUGCCCAGACUGACCUUGACCUGGUGAGACUCUUACCAUCAACCUAGAGUCACUGAGAUUAUAGAGGCAAGUGCCACCACAUCUAGUUCAUUUACUAAAUUCUUGUAUGUGUACUUCUGCCUAUUACUGACUUUCAGUUCUUUUGGGCCAAGAAAACCACCUACUGUGACCAGGUGAGAUGGUGCACACAGCUGUAAUCAUGUGACCAAGGCAGAAGGAUCACUAGUUCAAAGCCAGCCUGGACAACUUAGCAUGACCCUGCCUCAAAAAAGUACAAGGGCUGGGGACAGAGCUCAGUGGUAAAGGUACCUCUGGGUUCAAUCCUUAGUACCAGGAAAAAGUAUAUGUAUGUAUGUAUGUGUAUAUAUAUAUAUGGAAAAUAACCUAUUGUGGUUUUACAAAAACCUUAACAUAGCUGGUACAGACCUGUAGACCCAGCUACCUGGGAGCUGAGGCAGGAGGGGCCAGUCUCUUUGCAACAGUGAGCCCCCAUCUCUUUGGAGACAAGGAAGAUCACACAGGGCCAAGCCUCCAAGCAAGACUACCCCAAACUACUUCCUCCUGAGCACCAGGACCACAGAGGACUUGCCCAGUAGGCCAAGUCAACACUCAGCAGGCAGCACCUUCCCUGGCCUUCCAAGCCCCCCUGCCCUCUCUGGCCUUAUGGGCCCAGUCCUGUCUAGUGUAUCCAACUGUUAAGUUCUCCCAGCUGCUGGCCUGCACCCACCUACAAGCAAGCAUCUGGAAACAAGUCCCUUAGUACACUUGAGAGGAUGGGGGAUGAGGAGACUAUAUGAGAAUUGCUUUAGAUUUCAAGGUGCUGUACAAAAGGCAUAGAGGGACAAGAGGCUGUUAUUGUCCUGGCUGCCAUUGUUUGGCACCUACACUUAUCCUUUUCUCAAAUAGAAUGGCCCUGAGGUUGGUAAAUAAGACUGGGGGAAAAAAGAAAAAAGCCUUAAAGUCCCAGCAGAAAAUGUGAAGAAAAAGCAUUUAAAAUAAACCUGCUUCCAUUUAUUCCUGA